AGUGGCAGCGCACGUUCUUUCUGCCUGUCAGACAAAGCCCAGGGCUGAAAGCCCGCAGGAGCAUAUUGACGGACGUAGUAUCGAAGCAUGGCCGGGGAAGGCGAAAAGAAACCGGUGCUCGAAAUGGUCCAGGCUGACGGGGCCGAUGACGGCUGCGUGACGUUUGUGAUGCACGAUGAGGACCACACGCUGGGCAACUCCCUCAGAUACAUGAUCAUGAAGAACCCGGAAGUGGAGUUCUGCGGCUACACCAUCACGCAUCCGUCGGAGAGCAAGAUCAACUUCCGCAUCCAGACGCGAGGUCAGCUUCAGUCCGUCCCAGAGCUUCACGCCUCAUCUCGUCUCCACAGCCAAGCGAAAGUUUUAGAAGAGGCGUUCCUGCAGUGGAGCCGCUGCGACGCGGCCUCAACGACCUGCAUGACGUUUGCCAACAUGUCCUCAACACCUUCCAGGCGAGAGUGGCUGAGUUUAAAGAAGGUCAGGAGCAACCUAUGGAAUAAACAUCGCAACGGAAACCAUAAAGACUCAACUUCACCAAACUCCUUUGUGCUGCAGAAGUGCGGGGAAGUUUUCAUGUCUUAAAUACUUGUACAGGUUUUUUUUUUUAUGUAAUUAUGUAAGAGUCAUAACACGUGUCAAUGUUGCUUUUCAUUCCCACGCUGCCUGGCUGGCGAGUAAAAACACUUGAAAUGAUAAAAACUUCCAUCACUCGGGCGUCGGACUCGUUCUGGGACAUUUCACUUCAUGACUCGCGUAACGGUGUUUUUGAAAUUCGCUCGGAUUCGAACGUCUGAAUCUCCUGAUGGGAGCGAGGAAAAGUCUGGAAGCUGAUAUGUCCUUAUUAGCGGAGGAAUGCGGCGCCGGGCACUUCAAACUGAGCUGGAGGGACAGCAGGUCAAAUGAGGGAGGAAGGAACAAAAGUGUGAAUAAUGAGCUUGAAGUUGGUCGAAGGUAAUCGCGUCACAUGUUCUGAAUGUUUUAAAACAGAAACGACGACUCAUUUAACGAAAUAAAUGGCUGCUGGAAGUUUUAAGAAGUUUACUGUGGCUGAAAUUUUUCCAGAAAUAAAGUGUCUAUCUGACAGAACCAUG